AUGAAUAAGAAUAAAGGACUGAAUAAUGAAUAUUUUUUACAGAAUGAACAGCUCCCGAAUGAAGAUACGGAACCCAAGAAUGUUACCGGGAUUGAAUUGUUACCUAUAAACAAGUUUUUAUUCUCUAUUUUACUGGGGCAUUUUUGUGAUAAGCAUGGGCCAACUAUUGUAAUGGUCACUCAGGUAGGAAGUAUAAGUACGGGUGGAGAUGAACUGCUAGUUCCAGAUUUUCCUACAGAUUCUUAUUGCGAGUCAUGUUCAAUGCACAUAUCAAAUAAUUUGGUCAAAGACAGCUCGACAAAGACUGAUACAAAAUCCAUGAGAUCAGUUAUUGCUGAUAGUGUUUACGUAUCAACACAAUACUCUUUGAUUAGAUAUCAAUUGAUGACACAGGUUAUUCGUAAGGCAUUUUCGGAAGAAACGAUAUCUUAUGAUUCUUCACCAUUAAUUUUCUUCGAUGACAUUAGGGGUUUGAAUUUUGUGAUGGGUUUUAAACUAUAUGAUGAUCAGGCAAGAGGUAAUGAAAGGAGGUAUUCUCUCAUAUUUAAUAUAAAUACAAAGAACAGUAAAGCUGCCAUGAAUAUAUUGGCAAAUAAUUGGGAUUUUAUCGAAGGUGGUUUCCUCAAAAUUAUACAUUAUAUUCAACACAAGCAUGAAGAAGACAUCAAAAGACAAUUAGAGAAAGAAAAUGAAGACGGUGGAUUUACACCUAUGGUUGGAACAUUUCUAAGAGCCAACAAAGUAAAAACUUCUAAAAAUCUUUCUGAACUCACUAAGGAUGAAUUAAUAUUCAUCAAAUUGCAUAAAUGGAAUUCAUAUAUACUUAAGUCUCUUUUGGUGUGA